UUUUGAUCAACGAUACAUCCUAUUUAUACGAUGUCAACCAUAUCCAUAAACAAAUAUCAUAGCCACCAUCCAUCUAUCCCAGCAUACAAUCGCGCUAGCAAUGAGCGAUCCACCACUGGCCCUCCUCGCCCUGCCUCCAGAACUGCGAAACAGGAUCUACGGAUACGUAUUCGCAGACCCAAAACAACGGUCACUUCGCCACCCUCUGCGCCAUGUUUCCAAAGCCACGCACGACGAAGUCACUCUAAUGAUUCUGCAUGAGAGGUUCCUCACCAUAUGCCUACGCAGCCGCUACUUUGAACGUCAAGUGUUGAUACAACCCUCUAUCUUCCUACCUGGAGAUCAUCACAUUCGGACGUCUUGGCUCGAGUUCAAAAAGUCUCUGCUAUCGCCAUAGAUUCGCGGUUUCAAAGCCACCUGUAUCGAAGAUCACGACUGCAACAUUCGUUCGACGGUGGUGUUUUGGCCACGGGAUUGUUACAGGUUAGUCAUGGAAUGGCACAAAGGAGUCCCAGGUCCGAAAUGUGGCGCUCUUGCUAGUUCUUGUGUGCGUUUUUUGCAAUUGUAUAGCACCUGGCCGGUUGACGAUAUCACUGUUGCUAGGGUGGAGCUCUCCGUUCGAGCAUUCCGGGAUGUUGUUCAAUCAGAAAGCGAGACGAUCUUUGGUGGUCACUUUUACACGACAUGAAAGUAGCUCAAGAAUUACACUCUUUUUACGCUCGGAC